AUGGUUGAUAUUACGGAUUUUUUCAAUAAAAGCAAGAAGAAACCCACUUCUGCUCCAAAACCAUCUGCUGUAAAGGAAAAGUCUAAGGAAGUAAUUGAUCUAGAUGACGAUGAUGAUGAUGAUGAUUCGUUGUUGGAAAUAAAACCAGCUAAACCACGGAGAGCACCACCGAAAAGGUCAAUGACUGAACCCAUUGUAAAGAAAGAAGAAGUUAAAACAGAAGCAGAGCCUCAGCCUAAAGCAGUAAAGAGGAGAAUCGCUGAAUCAAAUAAAGUCGAUGCACCAGUGAAGAAGGCUAAGACCGAGGGAGGAACAACUGCUCAGGAUGUCCUCAAUUCAAUUCCAUCUUUGGAUUUGAGUACAGUUCAUGUCAAAGAAGAUAUCAAGUUUGAUUUUAGAAAAUCGGGUGGACCAAGUUCAAGCGACGCUUCAGCCGAUAUGCCCAUGGAUUUCCCAGAAGGUGCUUCUAAUUGUCUAUUGGGCCUGACAAUAGUGUUUACCGGUGUGCUGCCAAACUUGGAAAGAGGUGCUGUAGAAGCUGUAGCUAAAAGAUACGGCGCAAAAGUUACCAAAUCAAUCUCAAGUAGAACCUCGGUAGUUGUUCUUGGUGAUGAUGCAGGUCCUAAAAAAUUGGAAAAGAUCAAGCAAUUGAAAAUCAAAGCAAUUGAUGAAGAUGGGUUCAAACAACUUAUCUCAGGAAUGCCUGAAGAAGGUGGUGAGGGAGAGGCUGCUGAAAAAGCACGUAAGAAAAGGGAAGAAGAAGAAGCCAAGGCAUUGAAAGAAGCACAAGAUUUAAUUAAACAAGAAAAUAUUAGAAAGCAAACUAUGUCCAUGGCCCAAAAAUCAGGCGAAUAUAUCAAAAAUGAAGAUAAAAUUAGAGAUGAAGAUAAAUUAUGGACUGUUAAAUAUGCCCCAACAAAUUUAAACCAAAUGUGUGGUAAUAAAUCGAGUAUUUUGAAACUUAAAAAUUGGUUGUUAAAUUGGAAUAUGAACAAAAAAAGUGGAUUUAAAAAUCCAGGUAGAGAUGGUUCUGGUGUUUUCAGAUCUGCAAUGCUUUAUGGUCCUCCAGGUAUUGGUAAAACUACGGCAGCACAUCUUAUUGCCAAAGAAUUGGGUUAUGAUAUUUUGGAACAGAACGCGUCUGAUGUCCGUUCUAAAUCAUUGUUAAAUGCUGGUGUGAAAAAUGCCCUCGAUAAUAUGUCCGUUAUUGGUUAUUUUAAACAUAAAGAUGAAAUUGAGGAAAGUAAUGGUAAGAACUUCGUUGUUAUUAUGGAUGAAGUAGAUGGUAUGAGUGGUGGUGAUAGAGGUGGUGUUGGGCAGCUUGCUCAAUUCUGUCGUAAGACCUCAACACCAAUGAUAUUGAUUUGCAAUGAACGUAACUUACCAAAAAUGAGACCGUUUGAUAGAACUUGCUUGGAUUUACAGUUCAGAAGACCGGAUGCUAAUAGUAUAAAAUCAAGGUUAAUGACAAUUGCAAUAAGAGAAGGUUUCAAAUUGGACCCUAAUGUUAUUGAUAGACUGGUUCAAGCCACCAGAGGUGAUAUAAGGCAAAUUAUAAAUUUACUAUCAACUAUAUCUACGACUACCAAGUCUAUUAAUCAUGAAAAUAUAAAACAAAUAUCAGAUUCAUGGCAAAAAAAUAUUGCAUUGAAACCCUUUGAUAUUACUCACAAAUUACUAGAUGGCCACAUUUAUAAUGAGGUCGGGUCAAAUACGUUUACAUUGAAUGACAAAAUUGCAUUAUACUUUGAUGAUUUAGAUUUCACACCGUUAAUGAUACAAGAAAAUUAUAUCAACUCUAAACCAGGGAACCUUUCACCUGGAGAAACUCAUCUACAAGCCGUGGCAGAAGCUGCAGAUAGUAUUUCACAGGGUGAUUUGGUAGAGAGAAAAAUCCGUAGUGCCGAACAAUUGUGGAGCUUAUUACCAUUACAUGCUGUAUUAUCAUCGGUACGUCCUGCAUCAAAAGUUGCUGGUCAUAUGACAGGUAGGAUAAAUUUCACAACUUGGUUGGGGCAAAAUUCCAAAACAAACAAAUACUAUAGGUUACUUCAAGAACUUCAGUACCACACAAAGCUGAGAACCUCCGCAGAUAAGGCAAGUUUAAGGUUGGAAUAUCUUCCAAUUUUGAAAAAGAGGCUUUUAUCACCAUUACUUAAGGAAGGAGUUGAUUCAAUUCCAUCGAUUAUUGAAUUGAUGGAUGACUACUACCUAACAAAAGAAGACUGGGACACAAUUAUGGAGUUCAUGGUGGGUCCUGAAAGGACGGAUGCCUUAAUUAAGAAAAUUCCAAGCUCAGUUAAAAGUGCAUUUACAAGAAAGUAUAAUGGUAUGACGCAUCCUGUAGCCAUUUAUAGGGCUGGCGUCACUGUGGGAUCCGGUGGUGCUGCACAACAAGGAACGCCUGAUUUUGAAGAUGUAGUUGAUGCGGACACAGCAGCGGCACCUCCUGAUGAUGAAGACAACAAUAAAGAGGAUGACGAUUUGAAGAAAGAUAAAUUAAUCAAGCAAAAGGCGAGACCAGGAAAGAGGAAACCAGCUAGUGGUAAGGCCACGGGCGGCAAGAAGAGAAAGGUCAAAGCUUAA